AUGCGCCUCAUAAACACUCAUACAGGUUCGCUGGAGGAUGCGCUGGCCCAAACAGAGCCCAGAUACGCGGUGCUGUCUCAUUGUUGGACAAAAGACGAGAUCUUGUUCCCGGAUAUUCAGUCCAGGAAUUCGGAACGAACCUCAAAUCAUAUCAAAUUCUGGGGAAGCCUCCAGCAAGCCAAGAGUGAUGGUCUCAAGUACAUAUGGAUUGACACGUGUUGCAUAGACAAACAGAGCACCGCCGAACUCAGCGAAGCGAUCAAUUCAAUGUAUCGAUGGUAUCAAGGCGCAGAGUACUGCUAUGUUUAUCUCCACGAUGUCGACAAAGAUACUUGGCAGGAAACCUUCCCUAAGAGCAAGUGGUUCACGCGAGGCUGGACUCUGCAGGAAUUACUUGCCCCGCCGAAAGUCAUGUUCUACGAUCGACAGUGGCAGCUUUUGGGCGACAAAAAGUCUUUGGCAAGCGUCAUCUCACGCACAACUGGUAUUGAAUCGGCAGCCCUAGAGACCAGGGAUCUCAGUCGAUAUUCCGUUGCUCAAAAGAUGUCAUGGGCGGCAGACCGAGAGACCACUCGCGCAGAAGAUAUCGCGUAUUGUCUGAUGGGCUUGUUCGGGGUCAACAUGCCACUGCUCUAUGGCGAAGGAGACCGGGCAUUUCUUCGACUCCAAGAGGAGAUUAUCAAAUACAAUGACGACCACUCUAUCUUUGCCUGGUCCAUGGGCGGAAAAGAAACUUCUGGCUUGCUCGCCCCGGCGCCUACAUGCUUUUCAAAGAGCGGAGGGUUCAAAUCUAUUAUGUCUAUUAGAGGGCGUGAACCUUUCUCGAUGACAAAUCGUGGUUUAUCAAUCAAACUCAAGAUCACGCCUUGGUCCGCAGACACUUAUCUCGCAGGCCUUGGUUGCGCUGAGCGCAUUCAUCCGUCGCUAUCCAGCACGUUGGGCAUCUUUCUGCGUCGCCUCAACGAAGAUGAUCAAUAUACGAGGGUGAGUGUUUCAGGAAGAGGUCUAUGGCGUGCCGCAGACAGCAUUCCGCGUCCACAUGACAGGCUGAUGGAGGAGCGGCGAUUAUUCGUCCGUCAGACCCUGGAUAGAACUUGGGACGGAGACUGCCUCAAGAGCCGUAUAUAUGGCUUCAAAAUUGCGCCCGGCUGGCUGCCAUCAUCUGCCGAAGUUAUCGCCACACAGUAUUCACCAAGCAGCCGCACUGCGGUUUUGCAACCUGGUGACUGUGGCUGGGGCCGUGUUGUGACAAUAAAUUUCUCAGCCGAGCAUGAGCACUUCCGGUGGAUUGUCCUUGGCUUUGACUUCGACUUUAAUCCAAUAUGCUUCUUGGGAGAUUCGAACUCAUACGAAAUGAAGCGAGCUAGACGACCGGGCAGUGACUGGGACUGGUCAAGCUCUUCCCUAGACACGUAUUCAUGGGAUGCGUUCCAUGAAGGCCGAAUAGAUCGCCGGAGCUGUCCUGAUGAGGGAUGGGCACUGAAAGGAUGUCGGCGUCGAGGUUUAAACAUCCAAUUCUAUGGGGCCUAUGGGGCUCGCGGCGCUGUGGUUACCUUGACGCGUCGUGAAGACAGGUCGCAACUGGUGUGGGAGCUGCAUGUUGACAAAGUCGUUAGCACUUCCAGGCAUCUAAUAGUGCAUCCAUUAUAUACGGGAUAUGAAGAGCCUUCCGGUAAUUACAAGGAUUGGCAGGCACGCUACGCCAUGCGGCCUUCGACAUGA